UUUCAAAUCGUGUCUAGAUUGCGAGCCAAUGGUUAAAGUAAAAGUGAAAGAAGGUGUAUUGGAAGGCGAAAUAAUAGAAAAUGUCUACGGAAAUCACUUUUAUUGCUUUAAGGGAAUUCCCUACGCGGAGCCACCUAUUGGAGAUUUGAGAUUUCAAGCACCAAAACCAAAAACACCAUGGACAGGAGUACGUCAGGCUAAACAGCACGGCCCAGUAUGUUGUCAAUACGAUUACUUGAAAACAUUACAAACGAAAGGCGAAGAAGAUUGCCUUUAUCUAAAUGUAUACACACCAAAUAUUAAACCUCAAGAACCCUUACCUGUCAUGGUAUACAUACAUGGGGGUGGUUUUGUAUCUGGCAGUGGUAACGAUGAUUUAUUCGGUCCAGAAUUCUUAGUAAAACAUAAUGUUAUCCUUGUCACAAUAAACUACCGCUUGGAAGUACUCGGUUUCCUUUGCCUUGAAACUGAAGAUAUACCAGGAAACGCAGGAAUGAAAGACCAAGUAGCUGCCUUCAAGUGGGUACAGAGUAAUAUACACAGUUUUGGCGGUGAUCCCAAUAAGGUGACUAUUUUCGGUGAAAGCGCUGGAGCGGCGAGUGUGUCACUACACUUGGUAUCUCCAAUGAGCAAAGGUCUUUUCAAAAGAGCUAUAAUGCAAAGUGGAACAUUGCUCUGUCCAUGGGUACAAACACAUAAGCCACGUGAAAGAGCUAUACUUCUUGCUAGAGAAUUAGGUUGUAUGUCCAACAACGAUGCCGAGAUAGUAAAAUUCUUUAAAAACAUACCUGCUGAAGCUCUUGUUAAAAAGUCAGCGCCACUAAUAUACGUUGAAUAUUUUAGAACAUCACCUAAAACAUUUUUUGGAAUUGUAAUUGAAAAACAAUUCGGUCAAGAGUGUUUUCUUAGCAACGGAGAAAACAUGUAUGAUGUUUUGAAAGAUGGCAUUCACGAAGGUGUUGAAGUUAUUAAUGGACACACGGAGGACGAAGGAAUUGUAUAUUUUGCAAUGGGAUGUAACGCUGACAAAGAAAUCGAGCAAGCCAACAAAUUAAUAGAAUUUUAUGUACCGUAUGAUUUGACGAUACACCUUCCUUUGCUGAAACGAAUAGAACUCGGGAAUAAAAUCAAGGAGUAUUAUUUAAAAGAUAGAGUAGUUUCUAAGGAACAUAUUGAUGAUUUACUGAGAUGCCUCAGUAUGAUAUACUUUGUAUAUGCCGCAGUGACAUGGCAGAAAAUAUGUGCUAAGAGAAAUAAGAAUAAGCUAUAUUUUUACACGUUUUCGUGUAAAUCUGAACGGAACAUUUUUGCUCGAGUACUUGGGGGUAAAUUUAUAUCUGAUCGGAGAACUACUGUUUCACAUGGUGAUGAUUUAUCUUACAUUUUUCCUUGUAAAAUUGCACUAACUAAAGUAGAUAUUAAUUCGAAAACUUACCAAAUGAUUGACCAAGUAACCAUGUUGUGGACGAAUUUUGCAAAAUUUGGUGAUCCAACACCAGACAGUAGUAUGGGAGCAAAAUGGAUGCCGUAUACUAUAGAAAACCAACAUUAUUUAGAUAUUGGAGAAAAAUUAACACCGGGAACGUCCCCGAAUAAACAGGAUAUGGAUUUCUGGGAAAGCAUUUUAUCGAGAAUACUAUCCACAAUUUCUUUUUUAGACCUCUUCAAAUUAAAAGUGUAG